GAGUCACAUGCAUGCAUAGGAGGAGGAUCUAGUCAGUGCGAGCUGUUGAUAUUUCACUCAGCUCUUUUCCAAUAUACAGCAAGAUAAAACCGGUAUCUCUGUGCCUGGCUACAUACCUGCCCACAGCAUGUAUCUAAUCUAAUCCCUUCUGAAAAGGAUGUACCUGAAUAUGAGCAAAUGUGACAUGGAUAACGAAUGUGAAAGCUGAACACAUUGUUCACAAAUACGUGAUAUGUGUCUAACAAUCUUAUUAAACGUCUGUGAAAUUUUGUUGUGUGUUACUGGCGUUGUUAUGGACUGUAGUCCCCUAUCAUGGCUCCAAAAGAUAAAUUUAGAUACAUUUACACAUACACGACACAGUGGAUAUUCAGUGAGCGUAACCUUUAACACAUCUUGACUGCGUAUUUCACUUCCUUGUUUCUCAACAUGGCGGGUGUCAGGAUAUUCGUUGUAGUGGUCUUACUUCAAUGGAUACAGCUGACAUCGGUCGUCGUCAAACAUGACCUUCGCCUACAUUCUGGGUCCUGUCAUACAUAACUCGACUUCUAGUCAUCCGAAUACACGACUUUGUCAUCCAAGCCCAGUACCUGUCAACCAGGAUGGUUUGGAGACUCCUGUAGCUAAUCCUGUCACUGCGGGACAUCAUGUGACGAGACUACGGGUGUCUGUUCAGUUGCCUGCGACUCUGGAUGGAUUACGGGAGGAAGCAUGUGCCAGAAGCGUCAGUAUCACAUACAAACAUUUAAAAACCCGUGAAGAUCCGGGAAACAUUGCACUUCAAAAGACAACAUCAGCAGCAUCAGUGUUUGGAGGCUGGCUUGCAUCAAAGGCUGUGGAUGGUGACAAUAACGUAGAUGGUGGGAUUAGCACCUGUUUCCACGCUGGUGGAUCUCCGUCAGACUGGACAGUGGAUCUGGGCCGGGACUUCCAGCUGUAUGACAUCAGGAUCUACAGUAGACGUAAUUCCUACUCUAGAAAUGCCAACUCCAACAUCUUACUGAAUAAUGACACCUCCAACAUCUGCUCCACCCUCCCGAGUUCAUCCACCAAACCAACUGACGUGUCGUGUAACGGUACCGGCAGAUACGUCACCAUCAGGAACCAGGGGUUUGGAAGAACUGAUGGGUAUACUUUUGCUCUGAACAUCUGUGAGGUGGAGAUCUAUGGUAAGUCAUGUAUUGUAUUAAGUAUGUGUAUUCGUGUGCUUGUGACAUGCAUGUGUUUCACUGUUCAUUCACAGCGAAUGUACGAGUCAUGUAAGUUCCAUGCCAGGGCCCCGAUCCAUAAAUCAUUUGUAACCUUUCGUAGUUUAACAGUUCAUCAUAAGGUUACGAAAAUGUCGUAGAGCUAAAAAGGUUUUGUGGGACCUUGAUCUUUGUCUCAAUAUUCGAGAAGCUUUAUCAAACACGUUGUGAAAGUGCGGCAUUGUUGAUUGGAUGUAUUCAUCUAUGUAUAAGUGGGUAUUUGAAGCUCGGUCCUUUCUAGUCGACAAUGCAUUCAUACCUAACGAGAUUCAAAAUUUAUUUGCAAUAAUGCAAUAAUAUUUCUAUGAAACAAGUUCAUGCUUCUUGUGUCUGACGAGGGAAGGGUUAUUACGUAUUCUGCAUUAGGAAUUUUUGAAAACAUCUUGUUUGGUUUAAUUUUGUUGGCGUUUUACGCCUCACUCAGCAAUAUUCAAGCUAUUGGGCAGCGGUCUGUACCAGACAAUCCAGUGAUCAAA